UGUCUUUUUAUGAUCUCUCACUAUUUUCUUCUUUUAUACACAGGGCUGUGUCUGAGAUGAGUCUUGCAUAUCCAUUGUGGAGCUAUGGAUGCUGGUGAAUGCUUCCUCGCCUCUUCUGGGCAGGAUGAAAGAAGUCCUUGGCCUCUGGACCUCAAUUUACCCCUCUGCCCAACAACCACCAAAGAUACCCCUCUCCUGCCUCCCAAUCCUUCACCAGAAUUCUCUUACUCUUCCACUUCUGUUGCUGGAGGAGGUUAUGGGGCUGUUAGCCCAACAUCCUCCAUGUUGCAGAUGCCCCUCGUGACUCCCAGUUCUCCACACCCAACUUAUCUGCCAAAGCUCUCAUCUCCUUUACAGCCAAACUGCAAAGAGGACACUGAGGAUGGAGGAGAGGCACUGGUGGGACAUGUGCUGUUUUCCAGUGACGGAACUGUCUACCUCCUGAAAGGCGAGGAAGGAGAAGAUGAUGCUCUUUCUUCCCCUUCUUUACCACAGGACUCCCCAAAAAGCACAGUGACAACCCAUCCUCCGCUCACCUCUUUUCGUCUUACCACCACCUACCAAGGCUUUUGCUCUAACCAAAUAUCCCGACAUACCUCAGCCGAGGCAGCCAAUCUCACUCAAACGGCGCCUGGCACCUCGCCCAGAAUACAAGACCAACCCAAAGAAAAGGAGGCAGGGGAGCAACAAGAGGAAGCAGAAAUCAAAUAUGAAACACAUGGAGAGUCUACCAAACUACAAAGGGUAGAUGGUACAUGGAUUUGUCUCCCAUGCCGUCUUAACUUUCAUACUGGAAGCCAAUUGGGAUGGCAUGCUUCUUGCUUCCAUGGCUUGGAGCACCCAUAUCAAGAUCAGCUAGCAUCAGGGGAAACCUCUGGCAUUAUACAUAGAUCUGGUGGGCAGAUUUUUAUCAGCCUUUUAGAACCAAAAAUAAGUCAAAAUGUGUUAGAAACUGGCCAGGAGCCAGAGAAUGUUGUCCUUUCUAGGGUCCAAACCACCCCGUCUUUAGACAUAAUCCAAAGCAUGUCUGAGCAAUCAGAUACAUCAGAGGAUAUAAUGUCAAACACAAACCCCAGUGAUACCAAAAGUCAAGGGACUUUUCAAGGGAAUCCAGAAGGAAACCACAAGCUUUCUAUGGGCCUGGUGCCCAACUCACCUCUAAGCUAUCACAAAUGUGAUCCCACAGGAACUCCCUAUUUAACCGAAGCCAAAGAUUCAAAGGCCCUUGUAGAGGAAAAGACUGGAGUAGCAAACUGGUGCUCAGCGGUAACAGAGGCAACGGGUGAAAAUGUCGAAGAGGAAGUUGAAGACGUGGCAGAAAGCAACCUACCUGUCUCCCAGUCCUCGGACAUCAAUGAGCAGCUACUCACAAACCAAAGCUUUUAUGGUCCAAUGACAACAAAUUCCUUUAUUCAAAUGGGAGCUCUUCAUGGCACUGACAAAGUCGGUAACCAAACAGAUGCUGAUCGUGGGCCCCUGGCCCUUGAUGAAUGCACACCAACCUCAGGCCCCCAACCAUUCCAAAGUCUCUCUCUGCAAGGCCAGCUUUCUCUACUACACUCACGGAAUUCAUGUAAAACUCUAAAAUGUCCCAAAUGCAACUGGCAUUAUAAAUACCAACAAACAUUGGAUGUUCAUAUGAAGGAAAAGCAUCCAGAAAGUCAUAGCCACUGUUCUUUUUGCCACAGUGGCCAGCAGCACCCACGACUGGCCCGAGGCGAGAGUUACAACUGUGGCUAUAAGCCAUAUCGCUGCGAAGCUUGCAACUAUUCCACAACCACCAAGGGAAACCUUACUAUACACAUGCAGUCUGACAAACAUUUGGCCAACCUCCAAGGAUACCAAGGUUCAGGACCGACGCCCAACACAGCAGUAGCUCCUUUAGCAGCACAAACAGUGAAUGCUGGACAGGGAGAUCCUAACCAGACAUCACCCACUGAUCGUCAGCUAAAACAAAAAGCAUCAUGGCACUGUAAAGUUUGCAACUAUGAAACUAACAUCUCCCGCAAUUUACGUAUUCACAUGACCAGUGAAAAGCACAUGCAAAAUGUCCUGCUUCUUCAUCAGGGUCUAGGCAUGAGCCAAGACAACUUCCCAUUUUAUGGAGGUCCACUUGUAUCUGAGCAGACAUUGGAUCAUCCUCUGCUUUUUAAUCCCAUGCACUUCAGCUCAUCUGGUAGUCAAGCUUGCAGUCUCCUUCCACCAGAUUCUCCAUCAGGACCCCAGGUCAAUGCUUUAAGUACCUCUGGUAUGGCCCUCCCUGCACCGCCUCCCCUGCCAGAGUCAUCACCUUCAUUCCCUGAGGAAGAGUUAUCCUCUGGGGUGUUCCGCUGCUUGGUGUGUCGCUGCUAUACCACAGACAGCUUGGAGGCUCUACUCUCUCAUGCCAGUAGAGGCCGGUCUCUACCUGAGAGAGAGUGGAGGGAAGUGAGAGGAGACUUACACUGCUGUCGCCUCUGCUCCUAUAGUACCCAGCUUAAAGCCAAUUUUCAGCUGCAUCUGAAGACUGAUAAACAUGCCCAGAAAUAUCAGCUGGCUGCCCAUAUGCGAGAAGGUGGUGCAGCGCUGGCCACUGCACAAGCAUCAGCAGCAGAACUUCCUAUUAGUGGGUACAGCCAGGCAUCAUCAUUCCCUCCUUUGCACCUACGAUGUAACCUGUGUGGAUAUGAGAGUAACAGCAGAGAGAAGAUACAGCUCCAUGUUCAGGGAGGGGGACAUGAAGAGAGUCUCCGUGUAUACAAGUUUCUGCAGGCUAUUGAAGGCAGUGGUGGAAGUGAUGUGGAUUUCCGCUGUGCCCCAUGUGACAGCACUGUUGGGUCACGCUUAGGCAUGAUGUCCCAUCUACGUACAGCAACUCAUCACCAAAAUAUUGCCCAAUGGAGGCUUGCACAUGGAGAAGCUAUACUCGAAAGAAUUAUAACUGUGUGCAGGAGCCAGCAAGAACAUGUUAAAGUCUCAAACACUCCAGAGAUCACAUCAGCUCCAGAUGCAGGAGAAGACAACACAGACAUACCUCAAGCCCCUGUACAGGAUGAAGCAUCGAAGACUGAAUGUGAAAAGGCUGCCGAAGGCACUACGGUAUUCUGUUGUCCCUUCUGUGCUUAUGUUAGCCCUUCUGAAGAAAAAGUUCACAGCCAUGCUGUCUCACAGCAUGCACUGCAGCCAACUUUUCGUUGCCCAUUGUGUCAAGAACAGCUGAUAGGAACCAGUAACCUAAAGACACAUCUGGGACAUGGACAUAAUGUGGUGUCAGAAUGUGUGGAAAAACUUCUGCAGGUGGCACAAAAAGUGCAAAUAACAUUCAGGACCAGGAUUAUUCCAGUGAAAAUCAUAGAAGAACCAGAACAACCUUCCUCUGAAAUCCCACCUUCCAGUGAGUAUUUAUGCUAUGCAUCCCCUCCGGGAUCUCCUGGUGAAAUUUCCACAAGCCCCACUGAAGCUAUUGAUUUUGUUGCUGAUACUGAGAAGGUAUCAGAGGAGACUGCAUGUCCCUUGUGCCCUGUGACCCCUGAAAAUUCUCAAGAACUAAGGACCCACUUGGAGAAGGAUCAUCCAGAGCUUAGUCAGUCUGAUAUUCAGCAAGCAUGUGAAGCACGUAGUCGAGAAGUUGAAGGUACAGAGCAAGAGGAUAGAAAGGGGUCUCAGGAAAGUACACCCGCUCAUACUCAACAUUCUACAUAUCGAAAAACCACCAACUUUGCCAUGGACAAAUUUAUGGAUCCUUCUAGGCCUCACAAAUGUGUGGUAUGCAAAGAAUCCUUUACACAGAAAAACAUCCUACUUGUACAUUAUAAUUCAGUAUCACACUUGCACAAGGUGCGUAAAGCCUCUCUUGAUCCUUCACUUUCUAACCGUCAUGAAUCUGGUGUGGGCCCUACAGGACAUGGAGUACAAACAGGACAAGAUAAACCCUACAAAUGCACAGUAUGCCAUGUUUCAUACAACCAAAGCUCUACUCUAGAAAUUCACAUGCGUUCUGUACUUCAUCAAACCAGAUCACGGAGCUUGAAGCAGGAUACUACCAAGAUUCCUUCAGAAAAACCUCAACGAGAUCCUAUAUGUAAGAGUGAAACUACUACUGAUUACCGAGGAGAGACCACAGAAGUGCAAGGAGUGGACCUGCCCAAAAAGAGACCACAACAGCUUGGUCCCUGUGUUGGAAUUCCUAUUUUGCCCAAUACAGUUGCUCCUCCCCCAAUGCAGCUAUCCAUGGAUUUGUCUAGGCCUUCUCCGCUUUUUACAUCAUCACUGCUUCCCUCAUUUCCACUGAUACCUGAGGCUCUAUUGAAACUUCAGCGUCAGCAGCAGCAGCUUUUACUUCCAUUUUACCUGCAAGAACUUAAACUUAGUGCAGAUGGAGGACCAACUCCUCUUUUGUCCUUUGGAGGUGCCCAGCAGCCUCCAUCCAUUAAGGAUGAGGGUGACCAACCCAGUGUGACUCCCAGACCGGCGAAUGAAAAGGAUGAGAAAGUACCAGAUGAGCAUGAGGCAGCAACUGGAGAAGCAGAUGUUUCACAGAAUCCAGAGUCUUCAACAAAGGCUUCUUCAGACCCUACUGGAUCUGCAGCACGGGCAUUGCUAGAAAAUUUUGGGUAUGAGUUGGUCACACAGUAUAAUGAAGGAAGGCAGCCACUUACUAGCCCAGCUCAGAUUCAACCACAGCCUCCUGCUCCACCACUUGAUACAUUGUCUAUACCUGCUUCCACAGACAGCCUUCAGUGUGGUACCUGUGGUAAACAUUUCUCGAACAGACUGAUCCUUAAAACACACGAGGAGCACAUGCACCAGCGUUUGCUACCUUUUGAGGCUUUGAGUCAAUAUGCUGCCAGUUAUCGUCGAACCUACGAUAGUCACAACCCUGCUGGAGGAAAUUCUGAAACAGGAGGUCCUUCAGCUACACCACUAGACUUCUCUGUAACAUCUCAACUCCCUCAGUGUUCCAAAGAGGUUGAAGAACAGGAUGCUGUCCCUGAACACGCCAUUACAGUUGAACAGCUUAGAUUUCUACACAACCACCUGGAUUUUCCUGGUCACCUGAUGGAAGAGCAGAUAUUAUGGGCAGCUGAAAAAACUGGAUUAUCCCCUGUAGCUAUCAGCGAGUGGCAUAUGCAGACAGAGAAAACCAUCCAAGAGUACCAAGAAGAAGAAACAGAGGAUUCCUCCAGGAUUGAUCGAAUGAGUCAUCGACGAUUCUCACGCACAAAGUUCUCUGACUUCCAGACUCAAGCACUAAACAGCUUUUUUGAGUCCAGUGCAUAUCCUAGAGAUAAUGAAGUAGAACAACUGUCGGCAAUGCUAGGUCUUUCUGGACGGGUGGUGGUGGUCUGGUUUCAAAAUGCUCGACAAAAAGCACGAAAGCAAGCUACAGAUUCUGGAAAUUCUUCCUCACCGCCUCUUCAUCCUGUUCAACUAGGGGAACGACCAGCUGCCAACAGUAACGUUCCACCUUGCAAGAAAUGUGGCAUUAGCUUUCCUUGCAUUUUUCAACUAAUCCAUCACCUGAAAAUUUGCUAUAAUGACCAAGGCGAAGAAGCAACUGAAACUGAAGAGAAAGAAGAGGAGCUGUUUAAAUGUGCACAAACUGAAGAGUCAGUAUCAGAUCACACUGUAAGCACUGAUCUCCCAUUAUCAAUAAGCCAAGAAGAGCAAGAUAAACCAAGUGAAACUAUGGGUGACCAAGAAGAUAUUUCACCAGUUAUAAAAGAAAAAGCUGAGUCACCUAAGAUGAAUGAAGGAAAUAUACAAAUGCCUGAGCAAGGAGAUAAUCUUGAGCCGAAUGAAUCUUCUGUAAUUAACAGCAAUGUGGACCAGAACCAAAACAAAACAUUAUCAAGUAACAGUCAUCUUCAAGCUCCUUUGAUGGACCUCUCUGUACUUAUCCCAGUGGGGGCUGGUGAGGUGGCAUAUCAGAGAAAAAGAAAGCAUGAAGAAGAAAGCCUCUCUCCAGGUGGAAGUGAUGGUGGUGAUGAGCCUCCAAGGGACAAGCGUCUGAGAACCACUAUCUUACCAGAACAAUUAGAUAUUUUACAUAGAUGGUACUUGCAAGAUUCCAAUCCAACAAGAAGUACACUAGAACGCAUAUCUCAUGAAGUUGGCCUAAAAAAGAGAGUUGUUCAGGUUUGGUUUCAGAACACGAGGGCUCGUGAGAGGAAAGGGCAGUAUCGAGGGGCACCACCUGGUACUAUUUCAGCUCCUCGGCAGCAAGACGACUCUACCAAUGAAGGGGCAAAAAGAGAAGGCUCUGGUUCAAGUUACUUUUAUAAUGUAACUCCAAGUCAACUUGUGCCACAGCUUGUAGCUAAAUCAGGCCCAUUAGCGAUACAGACCAGUUCUUCAGUAUCAUCUAAAUUUCAGACUUCUUCCAGUCUUACAAACACUCAAGUUGCCAAGUCCCUGGUGAAUCCAACCCAGGCUCUGUCAGGCCUGCUGAGCGCUGCACAAAUUAUGCCUGGAUUAGUUAAUCCAUCUCAAGCAAUUACAAAUCUUGCCAACUCUUCCCAAGUUUUAUCUGGCCUUGUUAAUCCACCACAGUCAUUAUCUGGUUUAGUGAACCCAAAUCAGGCAUUUCCAAGUCUUGUUAACCCUGCCCAUUGUCUGCCCAGCCUAGUGGGUACCCCUCAGUCUUCACAAGGAUUGCUGUUGGCUUCCUUUCAAACUAAACAUGCAGCACCACCCAUUCUAGUGUCUUCCCCUCCUGAGGUUAAAGUGCAUUCUUCUCCCAGCCAGCAAGCACCCUCCCAGUUGCCAUUACCACAGAGUGCUGAACCUGACAAAACACCAACGCCGUUAGUUAAUGAAACACUGGAUUUCUCUAAAGUCACAUAUUUGGAGCAAAAUACUACUGAGAACCAUCCUACUGAGAACCAAGGAAGUUGGAACCAAAAAAUUUCAGAAGAGAAAAUAGCCUCUAAAAUGAUGGAUUCUCUGAUGCACAGCCCGCAGGCUGGAGACAUGAGUGACUCAUCAAGUUCAGAUCCUGGUCCUUCUAGUCCUGGCAAAGGACAAUUAAACUCUGAAGGCCUUUUAGGUUCCUCAGGAGCUAGACGCUAUCGCACUCAAAUGAGUAGUCUGCAGUUAAGGAUACUUAAGGCAUGUUAUUCAGAAUAUCGCACCCCAAGCAUGCAGGAGUGUGACUGCCUUGGCAGUGAGAUUGGGUUGCAAAAGAGGGUUGUUCAGGUUUGGUUUCAGAAUGCCAGAGCCAAAGAAAAAAAGGCCAAACUCCAAGGACUGGUUUGCACAACUCCAUCCAAUGAAGGACCUCAGCCUACUGAGUGUACUCAUUGUAAUGUUAAAUAUGGGCCUACCAUCCCAUGCCGUGCCCACAUAUUCUCCAGACAGCAUAUUGCAAGGCUGCGAGCAUCAAUACAACAGCAGCUGAAGGAGGAAAGCCGUUACCGUGAUACACAUCCAAGUGCAGGGGCACCGCCUGUUUCAGAGAGCAAAUCAACCUCGCAGAUGCUCAACUUCCAGACUUCUGCCACAGUGACACCACAAAUCCAGAGGAUCACACCCUUGCUGAUGCCUGGACAGGGCAUUCCUGCACCUAUAGGUGGAUUGGCCACAUUUAACACAGGCCCUCCUCCAAGCCUCAUCGGGAUGACUUCUUCUGUACCUCCAGCUCUCCUUCCCCGUGCUACUCCAACUGCUCCCUCUUCAACGCACUCAACCAAUGAUACCACUAUGGAGUCCUCACAACCUACAUUCACCCCUGAAACCACUGUUCCUUCAGCUUUGAAAGCCGCUCCCCUCAUGGGGGCUCCUUUUAUGCCUUUUUCACUUGCUCCAGCUGCCACUCCUCUGUUCAGCCCUCAGAUACAGGGUCCCUACUUUCAGCAGUUGUAUGGUUUAAAGAAGCGUCUAUUUCCAAUUAAUCCGGUCAUUCCCCAUACACUUCUGGGGUUGCUUCCAGCUCCCCUCAAACUGGCCCCUGAGACAUCAUCGCCCCGUAAACCUGAACCAUCACAGACAAAAGUAAUGCAUGAAUGCAGUGCAGAAUCUAAAGAGAGAGAGGAGGAAAGUGUGGAUCGAGAUGACGACUUAGAUGAUGAAGAUAUACCAAUGGUGGAUGUGGCAAUUAGAUACCAAUGCCAACAGUGCAAGACUUCUUAUGACGAAGAGGGGGAAGCAGAAGCUCAUCAGCGUUCAGGCUGUUACACUGGCCCUCCUCCACACCCACCUCCAAUCAGAGUGAGGGUCUGCACCUAUCACUGCCUGCCCUGCCAAGUGCUACUGCAGGGUCCUGAAGCUCGAAGCCAACACCUGAGGUCACAGCAGCACCGUGCACAAAGUGCAUGCAGUGAUGGAGCAUCCUCUGCAAUACCUCAACUCAGGCCAAAGAGUGCUGCUACCUCUGUGCUCAUGGCUUUAUAGAGACACUCUAUGUCUGUCUCACACUACAGACAAGCUUUCGAGCUGUCUUUCUAUCUUAUUUCACUUAGUGUGUUUGUUUAAUUUGCCUCUUAGAGUGUUUGUAUUUCUGUGUAUGUGUCUCAUUCUACUUGUGUGUGUCUGUUACAGAAAAAGCAUUCCCUCACUCAAGAAUGCUUCCUUAAACCUUCAUCUGCUGGAGUGACACUAUCUCUGCUCACUUGACUGUCUAACUGUUUUGAAUCUGUGUCUCUUCAGCAGGGAAGUAUACUCAAAGAAAUACAUCACAACACAGGCCAAAAAGAAAACAAAAAAAACCCUUUAACCUCUGCAUAGAAUAAUGAGAACCCAAAGCUUUUCUGCAUUUUCUGAUCCUGGUGCCAAAACAAGAGUGACCUCUCCCUGUCUGUGGACAUUGUACCCCAAAUUCCUAAUGGUGGGAGAUGGAAUGACUGGACCAUAAACCAAUGAACAGGGAGAGGUAAAAAAAGACAAAAAAAAAACUGAAUAUAUAUGUAUAACCAAAAGUUCCGUGACAUAAGGAACCAAACACAAAGGCAAUGCCCACUCUUCUGUUACACAUGCAUGUACACAUGUGUGUACAUAGAGAAUUGGGGGAUUUUAUUUCAAAUGGGGGAUAUAGCAACUCUCCACCAAUGACUUGAACUUUGUUAUACUUGGGGACUGACUACAGCGCUCCAAGAACUCUUGCUGUGAUGCUUUAACCAUUUGUGGAGGGGACAAGGGAAGGGCUUUAACUUUUUUGGGGAGGGUUAUGGGGGGGAGGGACAUUUUUCACUCCCUAGCUCCCCUGUAUCGCUCUCCCCAUACCUCACUUUCAAUGUUUUAAGCUUGGGGUAUUUGGGGGGAGGGGGUCAGGAUGAUCAACCACCAAACAAGGACACAUAACAAAAAAGUAAUGAAAAUGUUUGAAUCCAAAGUUGCAUAAAAACAAAAAAAAAAUUCACACCAAAAAAAAAAAAAA